AUGACUUCUGCUAAAACCAAUCGCACAUCAAUUAAAUCAAGCCUCACUCGUUUCAGUAACUAUUUUAACUCUAUUAAGGAUUUGGAAUGUGAUGAAAUCGAUCUGUACGAAUUACAACAGCGGUUAAGUAAAGCUGACACGCUGUUGGACGAUUUCAACACAGCCCAAUCAAUUAUUGAAGCAGAAGACAAAAACUAUGACGUUAAUUGUGAUGCUCAUUCUCGCGAGAGGGAGAAAUUUGAAAACGAUUACCACAAAAUCAUUGCUGCCACCAAAAAACUAACCAAUUCCUUCACAAAUACAAAUAAAUUUGACAGCAAUGAUAGUACUAGCUCCACGGAAGAUAACUUCUCAAACAUUCGUUUCCCACAGUUGAAGCUGCCAUCUUUUGACGGUUCAUUUGAUCAGUGGUUUUUCUUUCGGGACCGCUUCACGUCCAUUAUACGCGAAAACUCGUCUAUGUCUAAAGUACAGAAAUUUCACUACCUGCGGCUUUCCCUACAGGGAAAAGCAGCAGACAAGGUCAAAUCGUUCCAAUUGUGUGAGGCGAAUUAUGACAUUGCUUGGAAGCUACUUAAAGAUCGUUUUGAAGACAAAAAAAUUCUUAUUAAAAAUCACAUUAAGGCUCUUUUUGACUUGCCCACUCUAACAAAAGAAUCUUACCACGGCUUAACAUCGAUUCGCGACGGAAUCGAGAAGAACUUGAAUGCAUUGAAUCGAAGUGCUACAACGGCCUACUGA